UUGAUUAUAUACAGGUAUGCAUAAUUGAUACUUAACGAGGGAAAUUCGAAACCGAAAGUACACCUUUUAAUGGACACUCAAAGAAAUACAAAUGUACAUAUAUUGAGAAAAGUCUGCAACGCGUUUGGAACCUUGCACUGGUGUUUAACAAAGACCUUAUCAGUUAAUAUGUAAAACUUGUUAUUUAUUUGAUCGGACGUGUCAUUCAAGAUGGGCUUGUAUUGGAAGCUAAUUCUACUUGUUAUUUGCAUACACAAGCAGUCAGUUCUUUCCACAAGGCCGAAUAAUAAUGAAGGUUUCUUUAAACAAGUUGCUGACAUUUUUGAGGAUGGUGGAUCGACUGCAGUUAAAUUGUUUUUAGACAGAGAACUGAACGAUUGGAAAAAUGUGAAAAUAAAUUUGGCUGUGUUUGGAACGUCUGGCACGGGUAAAUCUAGUUUCAUUAAUACGGUACUGGGAUUAACGGCUGAUGAUGAAGGUUCUGCUCCAGUUGGUGUCAAAGAAACUACUGAAGAGGUCAAAGAUUAUCCACAUCCUCAAUAUCCUAAUUUAGUUUUGUGGGACCUUCCAGGCGUUGGGACACCAAAUUUCAAUCGUGAAAAUUACUUUCGAAAAAUCAACAUUAAUCUGUUUGAUUAUUUCAUUUUUAUGACUUCCGAUCGUUUUCGUGAUGAUGAUUUUUGGUUUGCUCAGGAGUUGAAUGCUAAAGAUAAAUUAUUUUAUUUUGUUCGCAACAAAGUGGGACAAGAUAUAGAUAAUAAUAAACAUGACCAUCCGAAAUCACAUACGGAAUCGAAGGUGCUGGAUGAUAUAAGACAGAACUGCGAAUAUAACUUAAAUAAACUUAAUUUGGAAAAAAAAAUCGAUGUAUACCUUAUAGAUUUACACGAACCAGAAAAAUAUGACUUCGAACAUUUAAUGGAUCAAUUGGUAAAUGAUACUUCCGAGAAGAAAAAAGAGGCACUAACAUUAUCAAUGACUCGUUUAACAAAAGAUAUGAUUUUAAGAAAAAAAGAAAUCUUAUCCGAGAGGAUCCAUACUUUAUCGUUGAUGUCAGGUGUAACCGGGGCAAUACCUGUGCUUUUAAUGGAUAGUUUCGUUGAUAUUGGAAUUCUGAUUGAAGAAACCAAAUUCUACAAAACCCAGUUUGGUCUCAGUGAGGAAAUGCUAGAAGCAUAUGCGCAGAGAUCCGAAAUAACCGUUGACCAGUUAACGAAAAAUCUGAAUCUUCAAAGUCGUUUAAUAGGUUUAACCGCGAAAGGAAUUCUAUCUUAUUUGUCCAAAAAAGGAUUUAAAAAGGCAGGGACGCUAACAACAGCGAAAUAUGUCAAGUACGUUCUGCCUCUGUUUGGACAUGCUUUGAGUGGAGCUGCUUCGUAUGCGAUGACGACAUGGUGUCUUCACGACUUACUGAACUUAAUGGUAGAGGAUGCAUUGAAAAUAAAUGAUCAUAAAUUCAAUUGAAUAAAAUGUGCCUGCAGCAUUGCACAAAACAUUAAUAAUGUAAUCACUUUAUUCUUUAUUUAAAGUUCGCAUUUUCGGAGAAUUAAAAGAGGUACUGUA